GAGGGGCAGUUCCUCUUUCCUUCCCAAGCACCGAGCAGGCCCCAGCUCCCAAGGGGCUGAGAAGCUGGAACCUUGGCCAGUGGGGAGGAGUUGAGUCAACUCCUGCAAGCCCCCCGCCAUCCAAGAACUAUGAACAGGAAAGACGUGAAAAGGAAGUCCCACCAGGAAUGCUUCCGGAAGGCAGGGGGGCAGGACCGGCCCCGACAGGCCAGGCGCCACAAGACAUGCCCCAGUCCUGGGGAAAUCACCAAGGUCUUAGCUUCCAUGAAUCUGGGCAUGCUGGCUGAGACCAGCUGCAGCGAAGAUGAGCUCCUGGAGAAAUGCAUCCAAUCCUUCGACUCAGCCGGCAGCCUGCGCCGUGGGAGCCACAUUAUCAACAUGGUGCUGGCCAUGCACAGCUGGGUGCUGCCUUCUGCUGACCUCGCUGCCCGGAUGCUGACCUUGUACCAAAAGGCCACAAAGGACACACAGGAGCUGAGGCAGCUGCAAAUCUGUCACCUGGUCAGGUACUGGAUGACCCGACACCCAGAGGCAGUGCACCAGGAGCCUCAGCUAGAAGAAGUUAUAGCGCGUUUCUGGGCCACCGUGACCCAGGAGGGCAACUCGACCCAGAGGAGCCUGGGAGACACCUCCAACCUCCUGAACCCUGGUGGCCCUGGCCCCCCACCUCCCAUAAGCAGCCCAAAGCUGGGCAAAAAGUGCAAAGUGUCCUUGCUUUUCGACCACCUGAAGACGGACGAACUGGCAGAGCACCUCACUUACCUGGAGUUCCAGGCCUUUCAAGCUAUCACGCCCCAGGACCUACGGGGCUACGUUUUGCAGGGCUCCGUGCGGGGCUGCCCGGCCCUGGAGGCUUCCGUGGGUCUCAGCAACAGCGUGUCCCGCUGGGUGCAGGUCAUGGUGCUGAGCCGUCCCGGGCCUGCACAACGAGCGCAGGUGCUGGACAAGUUCAUCCACGUGGCACAGAGCCUCCACCAGCUGCAGAAUUUCAACACACUCAUGGCAGUUACCGGGGGCCUGUGUCACAGUGCCAUCUCCAGGCUCAAGGACUCCCACGCCCACCUGAGCCCUGACAGCACCAAGGCCCUCCUGGAGCUGACCAAACUCCUUGCCUCCCACAACAACUACGUCUGCUACCGCCGCACCUGGGGCAGCUGCACAGGCUUCCGGUUGCCUGUGCUUGGUGUGCACCUCAAGGACCUGGUGUCCCUGCAUGAGGCACGGCCUAACAGGUUGCCUGAUGGCCGCCUGCACUUGUCCAAGCUGAACAGCCUGUACCUGCGACUGCAAGAGCUGGAAGCCCUCCAGCAGCAGCAACCCCCCUGCAGUGCCAGCAAGGACCUGCUGCACCUGCUCACGCUCUCCCUGGAUCUCUUCUAUACGGAGGACGAGAUCUACGAGCUUUCCUACGCCCGUGAGCCCCGCUACCCCAAGAGUCUGCCACCCUCCCCUUUCAGAGAGCUUCUGGUGGUGGAGUGGGCCCCCGGUGUGACACCCAGGCCCGACAGGGUCACCCUAGAGAGGCACGUGGAGCAGCUGGUAGAGUCGGUGUUCAAGAACUAUGACCCUGAAGGACGCGGCACCAUCUCUCAGGAGGACUUUGAACACCUCUCUGGCAACUUCCCCUUUGCUUGCCAUGGGCUUCACCCCCCGCCCCGCCUGGAGAGCGGCUCCUUCAGCAGAGAGGAGCUGACCGAGUACCUGCUCCGUGCCAGCAGCAUCUGCUCCAAGGUGGGCCUGGCCUUGCUGCACACCUUCCAGGAGGUCGCCUUCCGAAAGCCGGCCUUCUGCCACAGCUGCAGCGGCUUCCUCUGGGGUGUCACCAAGCAUGGCUACCGCUGUCGGGACUGUGGGCUGUGCUGCCACAAGCACUGUAGAGACCAAGUGAAGACAGAGUGUAAGAAGAGGCCAGGGGCCAAGGGUGAUGCUGGACCCCCAGAGACACCUGCUCCAUCCACACCAGCUCCUCCUGCCAGCUGUGGCUCCGAGGAAAAUUUCUCCUACACACUGUCCCUGGAACCUGAGACUAGGUGCCACCUUCACCAUAUUUGGACCCAGACAGAGGCCCCACACCCUUCCUGAGAACCAGAGAUGGUGCCCCUCCCAGUGACCACCUCACUGUGCACCUCAUCCUCCAAGCUGGAAUCCUAGACAUCAUCUUGGGCUUCUCUCCCCAGCCUCCUGUCCUCCUGGAACCCCCAAGGACAAACCUCCACACACACACUGCCUUUGAUGAAGCAGCCAUCAUCUUACUCUGCAAAUGUUCUUUUCUUCUUUUGCAUCACAGUGACUACUAUGCAAACUCCUUUUUUUCUAUACUUAGCAUCUGGUAGCUUCAUUUUGGAUACAUGCAGACUUAGGCAUCUCACCAACUUCUUAAAUAUCCACUGCAUGCACGAGGUGAUUAAGGCCUGGUGAGGUUAAACUGCUGGCCCAAGGUGGCAGAGCCCCAAGGGUGAGAAGCAGGACCCAAACCCUGGUCCUCAACUGGUGUGGUGGUGCACAGCUGUAAUCCCAGCAUUCAGGAGGCUGAGGCAGGAGGAUUGCCGCAAGUUUGAAGUCAG